AUGUCCCUCCCAAACUCCAUGUUCGAAAAGAACUCCAACCCCAGUUCAGCCUCCUCAUCACGCAUCAAAAACCCCGAUCGGCCAUUACCGGACCCUGCCUUAAAAUGGGGUAUCACUCCCACCAAGCCACUCGACCCGAAUGAAAAACCAGGGCCUGACCACCCUGUUCACCAAAUUCCAACGGAAGAGCAACAGAGAAUGCGAGAGAAGGGUAUUAACCCGGUUCUGAAGGCUGAAAUGGAUCAAGUCUGUAAGGGUGAGGGAGGUUUUUGGCAAAAGGUUCGGCAAACCUCUAUGGGAGGUGGUUCAAGUUGGUUACGGUAA